AUGCUACAUUUCGGCGGAAACGGAAGAACCGGGCUGAGCGAAAUGAACGUCCUGCAGAAUGAAAUGCAGGAAAUAAACAUGAACGAAAGUAGCCCGAAGAACGACUACGAUGAUAACACAUACAACGACGCGAGCACGUGUCACGGCAGCAACAUGGUGAGCAACGGAAAUGGAUCCUUCAAGGGGGAAUUUACACCGAUUAGAAACGAUCAGAGUAAUUCAUUUAGCGAGGGAACAGGUAUAACGGAGGAAGAAGCAGAAGAGGAACCAAGCGGGUACGAUGAUAAGCAGUUAAAGGAAGUGCUCAAUUGUGAUUAUUGCAACAAGCAUGUGCACGCAGAGGUGCAGACAUACACCCCCACUUUUGUGUACCUACUUGUAAUAAUAUUGUUCCUCCUCAUUUCAUUUUUCACCAUAUUUUUACUACCUCUGUUAUACUUAACGUUUAAGCAAAAAAAAUACACCUGUCCCUACUGUGAGAAGAAUUUAAAAAAAUCGAGCGAAAAAUUAAUUCAAGUGAAGAGAGAAAAUCAGAUUUUAACUUUUCAAUUCCCCAAAUGUGCAAUAAUAAUUUCUGCAAAAUAUUUGGCUCUCUUCCUAUCUCUCAUUUUUUUAAUUUUUUUUUUUUACGUCAUAAGAAUUUCAAGCAAUUUCAAUUUAGACAAUCUAUCCAAAGGUCCAUACAUAACGGCUAGCUGGGUGGAUUACCUCGAAGAUUGUGGACACAAGUCACAGCUAAGAAAUAAGUUUAACAGCAUACACAAUUUUAAGAACAAAUAUGAUGGGUAUACAAUUAUAUGGACGGGGCAGUUUUAUCAAAUAAAGGAAGGUUUUUUUAAUAGCAAUUCUCUCUUCAUUCGAAUGAACCCGUCCGAAUAUCGUUACGACAAGCCUGACAUUAGGGCCCUUUUCAACGACUCCCUAAUAUCGCAGGUUGAAAAUUUACAAAAAAAUGACCUCAUUCAAUUUGAGUGCACUCUUAUACAGAUUAGUAAAAAUAGGAACCCCCAUCUGUGUAUCCUAUGGAAUGUUACCCUGAUGGAGAAAUCAGAACAAGCCAACUUCAACGUGGUCGAUUUUGUAAAACACAUGUCCAUUCUGGAUAUAAUUAACAGCAGCUCUAAUGCGAACCCAUUCUUCAUGAACCUAAGUAAUAAUAAUGGCGAGGUGAAGCGUUCGAUCAAGAUUGUUCAUCUCACACCGGGUGGAUUGAAUGGCGGGCUAAGUGGCGGACUAGGAGAUUCCUUCGGAAAUGGUCACCUCGGGGAUGGCCUCUCCGACGAGGACUUAUUCAAGACGUCCAGCGUGCUCCACACGGAUGAUGAUUAUGUCUUCAAUUUGGGCAGCAACCACAUGAAUCACAUGAAACACAUCCCCACUACGUUUGGAAGUGGCUCUGAUUUUCCCUUUACCCAUGAUGUGAGCUCAGGUGGGAAGUUUAGUUUGCGCGAUUUUGUGGACCGAAUGGGAAGCAGGAAAUCGGGGGUAGACUUGACAGAGGAUGAUCUGGAGGAUGAAAAUGAAGAAGUGGAAGAGGAGGAAGAAUACGACUUCGACACUGAGGGCGAUAAUGACUACAACGUAGACGACCUGCAGGCUCUGAACCAUGCUUAUGGUAAGCACGCGGGUGAAAAUAUUGAUCCGUUUAAUGGUGUCCAGUUUGGUACGAAAGGGAAGAAGAAGGGCUCGUCCACCUCAGCCUUCCAUAAAUUUAAGUAUGGAGACGAUGGGGAGGGGUCCCCCAACGAGGAGCACGCAACGGAGUAUGAGCAGGACGUGCACGAGGAGGGCGCACCCAAGGGGGGAUCCACCACCGGGGGAACAACUAACAGUGAAGUCCCUAACGGAAAAGCAGAGAACCACGAAUCGAAUAACAGUGAAAACCCCCAAAACGAAACCACCAACAAAGGGGACGGUGAGAAAAUCCCGCAGAAGGACCCCAAUGUGGAUGGCUCUAAGGACCCCCACAACGAGUGA